AUGCGGAGAGGCGAUAUUGUGAGUUUCCGAUAUUGGAUUCUCUUCUAUUAUCUUGUUUUUCUUUCAGUGCAGGUACAGACUUAGAUGGUCUGUUCCUAUCUGGCAAUGUUCUCAGCCCAAAUGCAAUUUUGAGCUCCGAAAGCCCUACAUACCUAAUCGCAAUUUCACAGAGACAUCUUAUCGUGGAUCCAAAUGCUAAGUUUCUGGAUAUUCACAACAGGGACAAGGCGUUAUGCAAGAAUAAGUGAGCAGAAUGAUAUUUUUGCCAUAAUUUCAUUUUUUUAGCUUCAUGAAGUUCACAUACGAUUACGAGUUCCAGGGAGGCGUUGUUGACGAAAUGGAUAAAACAGUUGGCUGAAUUCAGAUUCGAAGUUUAUAAUACAUUUAUAUCAGGCGUAUUUUGUCGGUGAAUGUGAUGGGAGUUUCCAGCGAGGAUUCGUUAUUAUCCAAGCAAACCGCAUUUUGGGAGGACUUUUUCAUCCGGGACAGUUUGUUCCUCGUUGUCUUCCAAGUAUUGAUCAAUGUAAUUCGUUCUUCUAAAAUGUUAUAAUUUUCAGAAGAGAAGACUCAAAACGGGACGGAAGCAACAGUUCAAGUGGGCGCGGAACCUCAUAUAAGAGUUGUUGAAAUGUUUCCACAAAUUAGAGAUUUCCGAUAUUUUGAAAACAAAGUACAUAGUCAUGAAAAUUGAAUAUUGUAAACCAGGAAAGAUUGCAGGUGUUCUACUGCGAAAACGAAGAUAUCAGUGACAUGCUCUGUGUCAAUAGCACCAAUCUUCAGUGGGCCAGCGAUAAUGUCGAACGAAAGAUGCUCGAAUCCUUCAGUGGGCCGAUCUCGACGGAAGAAUUCUCAAAAUUUAGAAGACGAAUAAUUUAUAUCGGCCGUUUAGUGAAACGUGGGUCACAUUGCGCUGCCAAACAUCUUCAGUACUUUUUCAGAACUACCUGACAAUAUUUAUGUUCAGCCCGUUUAUCCGUAUCUCAUGGAAAUUUGCAAAGUAACUGGAAUAUGUGACAAGUAUGCCAGGAAGUUGAAAAAAAAAACAGUCGAAAACAACUUUUAGUCCUUCCGAAUAUGACGGAGCCGACAGCAUAGCUGCUGAGCUUCGCAACUUUAUCAAAGUGCCCGACGCUGUUUUCUCAUCAGUUCAUCCAGAAAUUUACUCCGACUAUGAAUCUGCUGAUUCCGAUAGUAAUACUGACGUAGAGAACGGACAGGGAGAACUCGAGUCAGGUGGAAAUACAGUGAUAUUUCUGGAUUUGCCCGAGUCAAUCAACGCGGAGCCUUCGUUCAUAUCUGUGAUUCCUGAAAAGAACAUCCCGGAUUCCGCCCCAAAAGACUCCAUAGUCGUCCGUGCUGAACCUGUUUCAGCUAUUAUCAUUCCUCUCCCAAAUCAACAAAUUCUUGGUACAAAUAGAACUGAAUACUCGUCCGCGACCGAGUUAUUGAUAGCUUUUCUCAUAAUUGUGGCUCUGUUCUUCUAUGUUUGCAUGUGCCUUCAUGGAUGUGUUGAGUACAGAGGAGUGCCCGUUUACUGGCGACCCGAUUCCGGUAGACUCCCUGCUUAG